UUCCUCCGCCGCCGUAGCACUCUUCCUCCGCCGCCGUAGCCAUGGCCCCCGCCGGCGGAGGGGACGAGACUGGAGAAUCCGGCGGGCCACCCAUGAACCGUGGCGUUGAUCGAAGUGCUGAUGGUGGUGGUUACUAAUCGUUCGUUUCAUUUCCCCACCAAGUUGCGACCUUUGGAUGAGGGUCGCAUACUCUUUCGAUUGGAGGCACAAGCCUUUUGGUCCCCAAGCGCAUCAAUCUGACUAUCUGAGUCGUGGGAACUUGUAGGCAUAGCAGGUCAGAAUCUUGGGGCAGAAUCUGGAAGCAGGAAGAGGAAUGCAGCAGUUAUGUCCAAAGAUUUGACGAGUCUGGUUGGCAAUGGAGAGCAUUCGAAGGUAGCGUGUGAGGAUUCUCAGAGGAUUUUAAUGGAGGUCGAAGACCUGAGGGCUCAACUAGAUGUGGAUGUGAAAGAGCUUGGAUACUGUGAGGCGAAUCAGAAGCUGAGAGUUGAGCUGGCUCAGAAGGCGAAAGAGAUGCAGUGCUUGAGAAAGCAGAAUGAGGGAAUGAGAAAGCAGAAUGAGGAUCUGCAGGCCAAGAAUGAUGGCAUGAUGAAGCAGAAUAAGGACCUGCAAGCCAAGAAUGAUGUCCUGGUGAAGGAGAAUGAGGAGCUGAGAUCCAAUAUAGAUGGCAUUAGCAAGCAGAAUUUGGAGCUGCAAAUCAAGAAUGGCGGCCUAACAAAGUGGAAUGAGGAGCUGCUAGCAAAGAAUGGCAGACUGACAAAGCAGAAUGAGGAGCUGAAGGCCAAGGAUGUCGACUUGGUGAAGCAGAAUGAGGAGGUGCAAGCCAAUAAUGAUAGGAUGAGGAAGCGGAAUGGGGAACUGCAUGCCGAGAAUGCUGGCCUAACAAAGCGGAAUGAGGGUCUGCAAGUCAAGAAUGAGGGCCUGACGGAGACUAAUGAGAAGCUGCAAGCAAAGAAUGACAGGCUAACGAAGUGGAUUGGGGAGCUGGAAGACAAGAAUGACGACCUGGAAGAUUUGAACGGAACUCUUGUGAGCAAAGAGCGUCAAAGGAACGAUGAGCUACGGCAAGCCCGAAAAGAGCUUACUAUGGGUUUGGAGACGAGUUAAAUGGCCGGCCAGCUAUUGGGACCAAAAGAAUGGGAGAACUUGAUGAGAAGCCAUUUCAAAAUGCAUGUAAGAGAAAAUAUGGAAACGUCGAUUACCAGACCAAAGCUGCAAAGCUGGUUGAAAGUUGGCAGGGUGAACUGAAGAAGCCAUCCUGGCAUCCUUUUGUGGCUGUUCAGGUUAAUGGAGAGCAUAAGGAAGUUUUAGACGAAGAUGAUGCAAAACUGAAGCUCCUGCGAUUUGAGUACGGCGAUGAUGUGUGCAAUGCGGUGAAGACUGCGCUGAUGGAGAUAAACGAGUACAACCCCAGUGAGCGGCACGUGGUGCCUGUGUUCUGGAACUUCAGGAAAGGCCGGAAGGCGACGAUGAAGGAGGUUCUCUACCUGUACGGACAAAUGGAGAUGAUAACCAAGCGCAGGAGGGGCUGAAGAGGCGCCCUGAUCGGUGUGACCACCAAGCCAAUAAUCCCUGUUGGUGCCGUUGUGGGAGCCCUGCGCUGCUCAUUCCCUCUUGACAUAGGAGAUGCAUCCUCUGCGUCACUGGCAGAGCUUCAUUGUGGCCAAGGUGGACCAUGCCCCCCCUAUCCUCCUAAAUUUCUUAAAGGAACAGCUAAUUUAACUACUUAAACACUCUAUGUAUGCUAAUCUCCUCUGUUAUUGGCCCCCUCUCAGUUUCUCUGCAUGCUCCGCCACUGCUCUGCGUUCCAUUGCGUAAAGACAUUACAAGCGUAUGUGAUAUGCUCAUGUGGUGCUGUUGCCGCUUCCGUCCUAAACACUGAUGUGAUUGGUUAACUGAAUGAUACUAACCCGUGGCUUUCGUGCUCCUAUUAGCUAGGUGUCUGUAUCUUUUGCAGGUGUACAUAUGUGGUAGUGUAAAGUCCUGGCAUGAGUGAUCGGAGCAAACUCUACUCUGAAGCAUACUGAUGUGAGUGGAGCAUUUGGUUGACUGAACUGGAUACCUGCGUUUCCCUGCAAAAUCACCAUCUAAACACUCUUCUGGCUCUGAAGAUGGAGGAGAUGAAAUGGCUCGAGGGACAUACCUUCCGAGGAAGAUGAAUGAGGGGAUGUAAUCUUGUGAACUGUAACUAGGAACUCGAUGUUGCAUCCAAACAUUUCAUUGUAGGCAGUGUCUCCUUUCUCGUGUGAGUGAAUAAUCCAUUUCGAGUUGGUUAUCCUAUAAAAUAUUCCCACAACAACAA